AUGUCUUCUGCAGCUGAUAAUUACAAAUCAUUACCAGUAACCGUUGAGAAACCAAUUCCGGUGACGUAUGAUCUUGGAAAUCUAACUGUUUUUGAUUCUAAUGUGCUGGACAAAAAUGAGCUAGACUCUUCAAAUGCUAAGCGUGAAGAAAACCUAAGAAAUAUUACUCGUGACAAUGUGCAGCUGUUAAUAAAUCAAAUAUUAUCUCUGCCUAUAAGGAAUACAACAGACUCUGUAGGUGGAUCCAAUUCACAAAGCGCAACAAUGACACUGGUUCAAUUGCCAGACCCAAGUAGCGAACUUCCCAGAGAAAAGCCUCUACCUAAACCCAAAGCGCCAACUAAAUGGGAACAAUUCGCUGCUAAGAAGGGCAUUAGACCUAAGGAACGCGCAGGGAAAAUGGUUUACGAUGAGGAAGCCGGAGAAUGGGUUCCAAAAUGGGGUUACAAGGGUGCCAAUAAGAAACUUGAUGAUCAAUGGCUUGUUGAGGUUGACGACAAUGUGAAGAAUACCGAAAAUGAGCUCAUUGACCCAAGAACACUAAGCAGAGCCGAAAGAAAGAAAUUGGUCAAAAAGAACGAACUACAACACAAACGGAAUUUGAGACAAAGGUAG